CCUUCGCAACUCCCCUCGGAUUGCAUCGACCAGAACCAUCCCGGUAGACAAGGCAAUUGCCUAGAUCCGAGGUUUCUACCCUCAGCACGGUGCUCCCUCGACCCUCGACCCACGAGCAACGGCCAUCAUGGACCUCUCCAAACCAGUCGACCCCGCCUUCACCAAGGCCCUCCCCAAAAUCGAGCUCCACGCCCACCUCAGUGGCAGCAUCAGCCGGCAAUGCCUGCAUGAUAUCUGGGCGAAGAAGAAAGCUCAAGAUCCGAGUUUCAGCGUCGAGGAUCCAUUCGUCUCCAUGCCCCCGGGCAAAGUGGACUACUCGUUGCAGACCUUCUUCCAGUCCUUCAACAAAUCCAUCUACCAUCUAGUCAACGACCUCCCCAGCCUCACCUACGCCACACUCUCCGUGCUAACCGACUUCCAAAAUGAUGGCGUCACCUACCUCGAACUCCGGACCAUUCCGCGCGCCUCCCCAUCCUCCACCUUCACAAGGGAGGAAUACCUCAUCACGGUCCUCGACGCCAUCACCCACUUCCAAUCAACUCAGACACCUUCCCAAAAAAUGACUAUAAAUUUAAUCCUAGCCCUAGACCGCGGCUACAGCACCCCAUCCUCAGCCCUAGAAAUCGUAGACCUGGCCAUUGCCCACCGCGCACGCGGCAUCGUAGGCAUCGAUGUCUGCGGAAACCCAACCAAAGGUGAUGUCUCCAUCCUCCGGGCCGCGUUCGCAAAAGCCAAAGCGAACGGAUUGGGGGUGACGGUCCAUUUCGCGGAGAUGGAAGAGGUAGCCACGCCCGGGGAGUUAGAGACCUUGUUGGAGUUUGAACCGGAUCGGUUAGGACAUGUGAUUCAUGUGCCGGAGGAGUUGAAGGGGGAGAUUGCGCGAAGACGGUUGGGAUUGGAACUGUGCAUGUCGUGUAAUGUGCAUGCCAAGAUGUUUGACGGCGGCUUCCUGGAUCAUCAUUUCGGCUACUGGAGGUUUCAGGAUUGUCCGAUUGUGCUUUGUACCGACGACGUGGGUUUCUUUUGUAGCCCCGUGUCCAACGAAUACCUCUUGGCUGCAGAGCACUUCCAGCUCAACCGGGCGGAUGUCCUGAACAUCUGCAGGAAAUCCUACGGGGUGAUCUUUGGAGGCGAGGCAGAGAAGGAACGUCUGAGACGGCUGCUAGAUGACUUUGAGGCAAACUACGGCCAGUGAACGCUAAAGAUGAACUGGUUACUUUUUCUUUCUUGGGCAGAGAGACAUCCCUGCUACAGACAGCCGCCCAGUACCGAAAGGAUAUUCAUAUUUAAAAUACACAGGCAGAACAUUACCUUUCAAUCAACUCUGCCAUCUGAACCGGCCUUCUUUCAGCGUCUUGAUGACCCCCAGAGGCAUAGACUCCCGACUCACAGC